CCUCCUGACCGCGGCUGUCUUGACGCUGGUCCCUGUCCAGAAGCGGGCCGCAGGGUGGAUGAUGGCGGUGUCGGUGCUGCUACUGCUGGAGCUGGGUCUGUACGCCAGCUGCUUCGUCUGUGGGAUCGUCGCCGCCGCCUCUCUCACCAUCGUCCAGGGUAAUUUUGGUGGUCUGUGCAUGCUGUAUGGACGCGUCAGCUACAAUCAGUCUGCAAAUCUCAUCGGAGUCCAGGCAUCCACCUCGGCCUCCCUGUGCUACUUUGUCUCGGCCAUAUCCGUCAUGGUGGCGGUGGUGUGUUUCUCCCUGUCUCUGUACUGGGUGUACGCUGUCUACAUGGAGGGAGAAAUGAGAAGGGAGCGCGUGUGGAUGAACCUGAUGAUAGUCGUGAGCGGCAUCUUUCUCUUCUUCCUGCUCAUCACGGGCUGCAUGCUGAAGAUUGGGCGUGACUCGCUCUGUGACUCCAUUGCCAAAACCGUUCCCAAUAUUACCAGAUGUGAUACUGUUCAGAGCAGAAAAUGGGUCAGUCCAAUUCAAGGAGACAGGGUCUACACCAAUCUUCACAAAUCAGAGACGGCGGUCUGGGUCAACUUCUUCUUCUGGCUAAUCAUCGGAGUGCUGCUGAUAGUUCAGAGGCGUCAGAGUUCAGGGGCCAAGCUCGUUCCCACGCCGGCUGGAGCCCUCUUUGGUGAGCCGGGGGCGACCGCUGCGGAGACAGAGCCGUUCUUCAACCGCCCCCCGCAGUAAGGUCGCAAGAACCCAGCGAGGGGUGGGAAAACUGGAGAUGUUUUUUAUUUUGUAUAAUACUUAUUUCAGGUCCUUCUGUAAUCAGUAAUGAGGUGAAAGGAAUCAGUUUGUGCUUCCAGCUUUACAAUCAAAAGAUUUAAGCAUGUAACUAAAAACAAAUUACCUUUGUUUUUUGUUUUACUUUCUAUCUCAUUGAACCAGAAACUUGUUCAGCCAACCUUUGUUUACUCAUCCAACAACUGGGAAAUGCUUAUUGCAGCAACUUAUUUUUUAAAUUGUUGCCAUUAAUAUUGCCUGCUUCAGUAACACUAAAAUGACUUAGGACAUUUUACAAAAUAUAUUAAUAUAAGGUCUGAAGCUUUAAAUGUGAAUUACUUUGCAUUAAUACUAUUUGAUGUUUUUUUGUUAAAUCCAUAAAAGUAAACCCUAUUAGAGUAGAGAUGAUUGAAGAAAAUUGAAGUGUUGGUAAAUGUCUCCCUCUGCUGGAUAAUAUUAAAUUAAGUCAUUUCUACUUGAAAA